ACUUGUCAACUCUAGCAAAAAAAAUUUUUUAUCGAUGCUGCUUUUCAUUUGACCCGGCUAUGAUUAUCAUCUCUGUCUAGUCUCAGACUCACAAAAACAGCUGUUUUGCGUAAUACUGCGAAUCAGCUUGGACUUGGACAAAACGCCAAAAAUCAAAACAGGAAUCAUGUUGAGGAACACCCUGACUAGCUUGUUCCACAAAACAUCCGUGCAAUGUGCCUCUCGAGCAAACUCUGUUCGCGGAAUAAAUCUCAUUCCUAUGGUAGUUGAACAAACUGGGAGAGGUGAACGCGCAUAUGACAUAUUCUCCCGGCUGUUGAAGGAGCGAAUCAUUUGUCUGAUGGGAAAUAUCACGGACGAUAUCAGCUCUACUGUAGUGGCGCAAUUGCUCUUUCUGCAGAGUGAGAACGUCAACAAACCUAUCCAUUUGUACAUCAAUUCGCCAGGAGGAGUUGUUACGGCUGGCCUGGCCAUCUACGAUACGAUGCAGUAUGUUAAACCACCCAUUGCCACAUGGUGUGUAGGGCAGGCAUGCUCGAUGGGAUCCCUUUUAUUGGCCGCUGGAGCACCAGGCAUGCGUUACUCAUUACCAAAUGCACGCAUCAUGAUACAUCAGCCAUCUGGUGGCGCACAGGGUCAAGCGACUGACAUACUCAUUCAUGCAGAGGAGAUAAUCAAAAUUAAACGCCAGCUUACUGCAAUUUAUGUGAAGCAUGCCAAAAAUUCAUAUGACGAGAUGUGUCAACGUAUGGAACGUGAUCACUUUAUGACCCCGGAGGAGGCAAAAACACUAGGCAUCAUCGAUCAUGUACUUGAGCAUCCUCCAGAGACUGUUUCGGACAGCGGACCUAGUUCAGAUGGCGGCAUUAGUUCAAAAAAAUCCACCAGUUCUGACGAUGAGUCUGAGAAGAAAAGAUCAAAGCAGACAGCUUGACAAUUUCAUCGAUAACCAAAUUCAAGCUUAAAGUUUAAGAAAUUCCGGUUACUUUAGCCUAAAACACAAAAAACAAAUGUUAAAAUCAUCUAAUAUAUUUGUAAAUGAAAAGCAUCAAAGCAUAUUAUUCCUGCAAAACAAUAAAUCUUAGCAUUGGUAGGAACUUUUAAAUUA